AUGCUGCGUGUGGAGCACAGGAUGAACUGCUGUGUCCUGGAGAUGGAAGGCCCCUCGGAGUCCUCAGAACCCUCAGAGCCCUCAGAACCCCUCAGGAUCCUGUACUCCCUGCUCCUCUCUCUGCUCCUGCUCCCAGCUGCUCUCAUGAACCUCACGCUUCUGCUGACGCUGCUGUGGAGUGGAGACCCCGACCACAGGGCCCCCCCAGAGCACAGGGGUUCCUCCAGGGGCCCCGGGUCCUGUUUCACCCUCAGCCUGGGCGCCUCUGACCUGCUCCUGAGCCUCAGUGUGGUGCCUGCUGCUCUGUAUUGUGCUGCUGCGGGGGUCCGGAGAGUGGAGGAGGAUAGUCUGUGGUGUCAGACUGGAGGAUUCCUCCUGGUGCUACUACAGACCUCCUCCCUUCACUCUCGCAUGUGGGCUGCAGUGGGACAGUACUCAGAGAUCCGUCACGCUCUCAGUAACGACCGCCUCUGGACCUCGAUGCGGAUCCGCGUCCUCGUUCUUCUUUUGUGGCUCUACAGCAUCAUUAAUGCUGCACUUCCUGUCCUCCGGGUCGGAAAGUACAGGUACAGUCCGGCACGCGCCCUGUGUGUCCUCAGUCUUGUUGAAGUGGAUGCCAUAUCCAGGGGCAUGUCGUUGUCGUGGCUAAGCAUCUCAAUGGCAACACCACUGGUGCUAGCAUGCGUGCUGCAGGGCUACGUGGCACAUGUGGCGCGUGUGCAGGCACGCAGGGGAACCUUCAGGUGCAACGAGACGCACUGCUUCUACAUCCCAGCCCAGGCCUACGAGAGGAGCGCACACGCCCUGCUCAUAAGCACAGCGUCCCUGGUGCUCUGCUGGGCCCCAUACCUCUCUGUGUGCCUGUAUGAAGGCCUGAGUCUGGACCUGGUCCCUCUGUGGGUUUCUCAGGGCUCCAUGUUCCUGGUCCUGAGCAGCUGUGCCGUGAACCCUGCGGUCACCUGUCUCACUCAAAUUCAGUAUCGUACGGCGGCCCGCGUCUUCAUGUCCCGCCUCCUUCAGCUCACCAUGCACCCGAGCCCCGCCUACCCGCCUGAGGCAACCAAUCAGAUCUCCACGACUAGGACCUCACUUCCUGGUGUGUUGGUAGUCACGACAUGA